UUAUAGUUUGAAGUUUAGAAAACACCCAGAAAUUUAGUAAGCGCCGCUCUGUACUUACCUGCCACGUGGCUUCAUCUCUCUGCACGACGCGCUUCUCUCUCUAUAUACAAAUCUAUCUCUUCACUUCACACAAACCAAACCUUUCUUACUAUUAUUACCAAACAUCGAAACCGAAACAUGAGAGUUCUCUCAAAGCUGUUCGAUUCAGACAGAAGACGAACAACGAAGUCGCCCAAGCGUUUGGAUUCCGGCGAAAGCGCCACGUCAUCUUCUUCACUCAGCGACGUCACCACCACCGGCUCUAGCAGCCUCCACAGCAGUCUCUCUCUCCAGACGCUUCCUUCCGUUCCUUCUCUCCAGAAAAUCUCCUCCGAUGACACUCUCCCCCUCACCGUCUCUCACUUUAUCACCUCCUCCUUUAAACUCCGUGAACGGAGUCUUCCCGUAACUUGUCUCGCCGUCAACGGAGGUUAUCUCUUCGCCGUCUCUGGACACGAAGUCAGCAUCUACGAUCGCGACAUGUGUGCUCAUCUCGACACAUUCAACGGCCAGGAUCCUUUCUCGGGAACAGUCAAGUCCGUCGGCUUCUCCGGUGAGAAAAUCUUCACGGCGCACCAAGACGGUAAGAUCGGAGUUUGGAAGUUAACGGCGAAAAGCGGUUAUAAGCAGUUAACGACGCUUCCGACUUUGAACGACCGUUUACGACGUUUUGCUCUCCCUAAAAACUACGUUCAAGUGCGCCGUCACAAAAAACGUCUCUGGAUCGAACAUGCCGACGCCGUCACAGCUCUCGCCGUUAACAACGGGUUCAUUUACUCCGUCUCUUGGGAUAAGACUUUGAAGAUUUGGAGAGCUUCUGAUCUUCGUUGCAAAGAGUCCAUCAAAGCUCACGAUGACGCCGUCAAUGCUGUCGCCGUCUCUGCGAAUGGCACAGUAUACACCGGAUCCGCGGAUAGACGUAUCCGGGUUUGGACCAAACCGACCGGUUCGAAACGUCACACGUUAGUCGCGACUUUGGAGAAGCACAAAUCGGCGGUUAACGCUUUGGCAUUAAACGACGACGGAUCGGUUUUGUUUUCCGGUUCGUGUGACCGGUCUAUUUUGGUUUGGGAGAGGGAGGACACUUGCGAUUACAUGGCGGUGAGAGGUGCGUUGAGGGGACAUGAUAAAGCAAUACUGAGCUUGUUCAAUGUCUCUGAUUUGCUGCUGAGUGGAUCUGCUGAUCGGACGGUUAGGAUUUGGCGACGCGGAUCGGAUUCUAGUUAUAGUUGUUUGGAGGUUCUUUCUGGUCAUACCAAACCGGUUAAGUCGUUAGCGGCGGUUAAAGAAACGGAGUCGGACGGUGUCGUUUCGAUAGUCAGUGGAAGUCUUGACGGAGAGAUUAAAUGUUGGAAGGUCUCCGUCACCAAACCGGAUAAUUCAUUUUACACGAAUCUUGUUCAAUAAAUUAAUUAUUUUGUUUUUUUUAAUUAUUGGUUUAUAAACAACAAUUUGGCGUUUUUUAACAGUCAUUUGAAAGAAAAAAAUUUGUUAGAAA